UUGGUGUGUUCUCUCCCCCAGGCCCAGUCUAUCCAACAGCAGUAAGGCCUGUACCCUCGCACAUUGAAUCAUGGCCGAACCAGUCAAGGAAGCGGACGCCGGAGUGGCUGUGCCUGUGGCGGCAGCGGAGAAGCAGACGGAAGCAAAAGCGGCAGCAACAGCACCAGCACCUGCGACAACGGUGCGACUCACGGACGAUGAGUUGCUCGUCAAGCACUUCCCGCGGUACUUCUUUGACGAGAAGGAGACGCUGUUCCCCGUCGACCUCAACAGGUAUACCGUGGACAAAUCCGAGGUGGAUGGAUGCAACGGCGUCGCUACCCCCAGUAAGGACGGCGAGAGCACCUGGCUCAUCUACAUGAACUACUACUUGUUCGACGGAGGCGUCGCCCAGCUGGGGGGGCUGGGGGACCACAAAUACGACCUCGAGAUCGUCAUCGUCGAAAUCAACAGACAUCAAAACGUUUCGGGAGUGUUCUACGGCCCGCACAGCGGCCACGAGCACAUGUGGAUCCGGAACAAGGAUGACGUCAAGGAGAUCCUCGACGAGGCGGGGCGGCCGAGGGUGUACGUCAGCCUCGGCAAGCACGCCAGCUACCCCCUCCCCGGAAAGGGUAAUCCUUUUUUUUUGAGGCGGCUCUUCGGCUUGGGAACGGACAACUGCGAAAACCCGCGGCCCCGCGACCGCCCCCUGUUCAUCCUCGACCAUAAAACUCGACGUGUCGACAAGAUUGACGGGGAGUUUGAGGGGCCAAAGAGGCGGAUAAGGCGGGACUGGUCCGUGGCCCCCGCCGUACGCAUCAAGGACGUCCCCAGGCGCAUGACUGUGCCCCCCGCCGCCCAAGUCCAGAAAGAGUUAUCUAAGUUGGCUUUCUGGAGGUGAGAAAAGGGGUCCGUCGAGCCAACCCGAAAGCAAAGCCAAGCCAAGUCAAGGCAAGUCCAGUCACCGCCAUGGUAGUUUCAGCUGGCAAGUCAGCAAGUCCAGUUGAGUCCCCGUCGCUGCUUCUUGCUGCGAGAGGAGCACAUCCACGCAUCCACUUUCUAUAUGGUCUACUACAGUAGAGCCAUCGCGUGAGCAGGCGAGUGCGCGUAUUUCGGCACGAAGGGAGUAUACCUCGUGUGCAUGUUUUCCUCACAUUGCUUAAGUGUGUCUGUUGUUGGUCCAGUGUUGCUGCUGGGCUGAAGCGGGAGGGGGCUGUGAGCGGUGUCACAAUCAUGAGGGGCCUACUCAUGUUUUGCAUGCCUUUGCCGUUAGACCGUGGACCACGCGUCCUCGGGAUGCGGGGGGGGGGGGGUUCAAGCUUGUUUGUUUAGAGUUUGGGUUCCAUGAGCCGGACCCUCGGAGUAAGCUCUCGCAACUGGCACUUGUUCGUGUAUGAAGCGUUUUAUUUUUGUCGUUUUUGCCACAGCUUCCGCAUGAGAGUAGUAGAUGACUGAAAGCAGACACUCUUUCCGUGCUCAAGAGCACAUCUGUUUCGCCAGGGUUAUCUCCACGAGCUCAAUAGGCAUCUGUUUGUUCAGGGCGUAUGCAUAUGUGUACUCGUGCCCAGUGUGAAUCGGUGGUGAGUCGGCUCUUGUCGAAGUGUCAAUUCCUCGUCACGAUACUGCCGCAUUUAGAUCUCGCUGUUUUCCACGACCUCAAGGGAGGGGCAAGCAGCGUCGUGAUGGUUUGUAUCCGGCAUUGAUGGUCGGGGAGGGUGACGAAAUGGGGAGUUGUAGCUUGCGCCAUACCCCAGUCGUUGUAUUGUUGUACAGAUAUUCUUGAAUUCCGUGGCUGCCGGGAGUUGGUAUCUUUCGCGCCACCGGUGGUGAUAGACAGUCACCCCUGAGGUAUGUUGGCGCCCUUGCUUUCUGAAAGGCUGGCUGCUGCAGUGUGGCGUGUACUGGUAUGGAUCAUGUACAACAUUGAGUGCUGAGCGAGGUGUUUGAUUUCCACGUCCAGGCGGAUGUAUAUAGACUUGCACGUAGUGGUCCGUGCGCACUUUCAUUCAGUGCCAUUUAGUCACGUGCUACGCCGCCUGGCGCUGGUUUGAGUCUCCUCUGUAGAUGUAAGCUGAAAACACGAUACACGACUGUAUCUGCUGUUGUUGACCGCCAGAAGACCGGUGCGGGGUACAGGCAGGGGGGUUAAGUGGUGGUUGUUGUUGCCGGCCGCGUCGCGUGAAUGCUGUUUUUCCUCCUUGCCUCCUGGGCCGUACUUGUUAAGGAAGGGAGUGCUUAUUCUUGCGAGUUCACGUGCGGGUGGGUGCUGAUGGAUGAUAAUAUCCUGCUGCCCAGGCCGGGUGUGGCGAGUACAAAGGAACGGCGACUUUUCUUGUUGUCUUGACACCAGCGAUGUAUUGUUGCAGUAGUUGCUAUAUGCUCUCAUGCAUAGGACAUGUGUUUAUCAGGGAGGAAUGGGAGGUAACACUGCUGUCGCUUUGACAAGUGGUCUAUUGCCGUUGCUGUCCGAUGAUGUUAAUGUUUCUGUUCGUUUUGUCGGAUCGCUCUGUCUGGUGAUGAUAUCUUAUCUUGGUAAAGCUCAGCUCUUGAUGCUAGGUCGGUCAACUUGAUUGGAUGUUCCGUUGACGGAAGACUUCUUGUACUGUCGGCUAUUCAUCUCGGCAGCCCCCGGACCGACACGAGGAACCCGACACCAGACGAUUUGAAUGAGACCGUCCUGAUGCCGUUGCGCGAAAAAGAGGGUCUGGGUUUAUGCAUGCGCGGCGUGCCUCUCUGUGCGCAUAGCAUAGCCUACAUGACAAUAAUUCCGAUGUCGGCAGUCAUGAUGAGACGUGUGUCAACUCACGGCAACACGAGAGAGAGAGAGAGAAGGGACAUAAUCACAUCGUCUCUG